AUGUUCCAAGAAGAGUGGAAGGUGAAAUCGUUUUUGGAGAUUGGUCUGGAUUAUCAAAAAGAACAUCCUGAUUUGGCUAAUAAGUUUCAAAAUGCUCUGCAAUUAAUGGAUUUCGCAGAUCACACUGAUGAGCCCAAUUCAUUAGUUAUUGCUGACUAUUUAAUUUGGUUUAAUUACAAAAAUGUCCCUUUGAAAGAAAAUCCUUUUUUGGCUCAUCUUUUUCAUACUUGGUCACAAACGUCUUGUCUAGGUAGGCAGUACCUCCUAGCUAAUAUAUUAUCUGGCAGAAUCCAGAAAUCUACAAUCUCUCCAAUAGAACUUGUUUACUCAACGACAAGGGAAGACGUUUUAGAUGAAAAUUCCCUUAUCGACCAAAGUGAUUUACGACAAUGGCUAGAACAACAAGAACUAUUACCUGAAACAACUUCCUCUAAUUCGACCUCUUCCAUUUGGUUAACAGGAACAGAACGUGCUUUAACUUCGGACGAAGUGGUAUGUUUUCUAAAUAGUCUACCACGUUUUUCUGACAGUGAUGUACCUACAGUUAAACAGAUGGAAACCUUUAUAUUGUUUAAUUUGUCUCAUGCCUCCGAUAUCUUCUCCAAUUUGGUUUUUCGGUCAGAACCGAAUUUUAAUCAAAGAUUUCUAAAAAACCUUUCUUCUCUUCCAAUAGCGGUAUGCAAUAUAGAAGUUCUAAUUCAAAUGUUACUAAGUCAUCCUAAUUUGACUUCUUCCAUGACAAGCUCUGGUUCUUUUGUGUACGAACUUUUGUCAUCAUUUACUUUUCAGAUCUCCAAUUGCGACCAGUAUGAAAAAGAGCGAAUUGCUCAUAUAGGAAGCAGCUUCUUCCUUAAAGCCCUUGACAUACCCGACAUAAAAAAUAUACUGAUGUCUGAUUUGUAUUUCGACUUGCAAUCGUUCUGCAUGGCCGCACUACCUCAAUCAGCUACGUUAUAUCAAAAAGUAAAAGUCAUGGAAAAGUUUACCUAA